AGAGAAAAGUUAGUAGAGUCUAGGAGAGAUGAGGAUGAACUUCGAUCCCAUCAUUCACCAUUUCAGCCAUGAACAUCCUUUGAAACGGAUGAAUUUGCAGGACCAAACUACCAAAACAGUGACUUGUUCAGGGUGUGAAUUUGAAGCCUCAGGGUGGGUCUAUGGUUGCAAUACCUGCAACUACUUCCUUCACAAGCCUUGCUCCAAGAUGCCCGAGAUACUGAACCAUCCCUUUGAUCCAGACCACACCCUUCUUCUAUUUCCAAACCCAGUUUACCCAGGAGGCGCCUUCAUAUGUGAUGCUUGUAGGGAAAUUGGCACUGGCUUUAGCUACCACUGCACAGAGUGUCAGAUUGAUCUACACAAUCUUUGUGCUUUUUUGCCUACAUCAGUCAAUCACAGCUCUCAUCACCAUACUCUCGACCUGUGGUCGGGCUCUCCUUACAAAAACGAGGAAUUCUUGUGUGAUAUUUGCCAAGAUCCUGGUUCAAAGCAGUGGCUCUACAGGUGUAACUCCUGUCAAUUUGACGCCCACAUGAGCUGUGCCUUGGUUGAUAUCCAGUUCCAACACACCUCCAAGGUCCAAAAAAGGGAACGACAGCAACUGGGUAAGCCUUAAAACACACCUACCAAGUCCUCGGAACCCAUCCAUAGGUUUGCGAGUUGGUCUCAAAGUGGGAUGCGGAGCCCAUGGAUCCAAACUCAAUACUCAAUUCCCAGGACUAGAGAUGGUGUGAUGGGAAGGUAUCAUUAUGGGAGAGAUCCAAUUCCUCGGUUCACUCAUACUAACAGGGAUGGAGUGAUGGGGCAUGUUGUUAAAGGAAUGGUAGAUGGUAUGGCCCAACAAGCAAGAAUGGCUGUGUUGCAAGGUUUCUU